GUCACCUCUAGAACUGUCAACAAGAAAGAGAGGAAAUGAAUGAGGAGGUCCAUUGCGAUAUUGCGAUUAUUGGUGGAAUAUUCUAAAAUUCGUAGCCGCUGGAGACUGUGUUUGAACAAUUUGUGUUUUGUGUGAAAGUUGUGUUAAUAAAUGACAGAAAAAUAACCAGUUUACAUGUUUAUUUUCGCUUUAACUGAUCAAAAUGUGGGACUCACCAUACCUGACUUGUUUGUUUCUGUAUAUAUUUUCGUUUCAAAUAAUUGUCACUAAUUCACGCACUUCUAAUAUUUGGAAAUUGAAUGCGGAAGGAGACCAGAUCGUGGACGGUAGUACACUGUCUCAGGAUGAAUCUGAUAAAUCUCGCAUGAAUGAAGAAGACCCUAUCUUCAACAUAGUAACGUCGACAGUGUAUUAUGGGAACACAUGGACUAAACAUGGCUUUGACAUGUUUUGUACAGAUUGCCAAAUAUAUGAACAACAGAGGGCUGGUGUUGAGAACAGUGAUGAGACGACACCGGCCGAGGUGAAUGGUGAUGCGGACGAUGAGUACUUAGAUUGUGGUAAAGCGGUCAACUUUACAUAUUAUGAUAACCUGGUCGGAGUGGCCAGGCGCCAUAGACAUCCCAAUGUACCUGAACCACAGGUGUCCCUAAUAUUCCCAAAGAAGAAAUCGAACGGUCUAUCGCCGUCGGAAAUAAAUGGUUUCGAGAAACGUCUAAAAAAAGCAAAGAGAGAGAAACCAAAAUCUGUACAGCUGUACAACCAGAUUGGAAACUUCUGGAGGAUCAAGGGCGACACGAGACAGUCCAUCGAGUGCUUCAGACGCGCUCUCGCCGUCUCACCAUAUAAUGCAGAAGUCCUGCUAAACCUUGCAAGGGUACUAUUCACCCUACAAUACUUGGACGACGCCAUCUACCUAACGCGGCGGUCGUUAGAGGUCCAACCGCCGGAUCGCAGCGCGUGGCAACAGUACUUCACGCUCGGCGAGAUAUUCAAGGCAUAUGGACAUUAUCAGGAAGCGGCAAUGCACCUGAGACACGCUCUCGACUUGAAACCGGACUAUGAACCCGCUAUGGCCGCAUUGAAAGACAUCGAGAACACGCCAGAGGCAUCUGUGCAUGUCUAUACACUCCUUAUUAUUGUGUGUUUGGUGAUGGGAGUGUUACUGGUGAUAUUAUCGUCAGUGGAUAGUGGCGGUGAUGUAGAAGAGCACAAGACUCAACGACAUUUCAACCGAGCUAUGGCGAUGCGGUCUCUUCGCGGCGUGGCUCUACCUGGCUCCCGUGGACGCAAGAAAGGCGGAUCCUAAACCCCAUCUCUAGCGAUAAAAACCUGAGUUUAUAGUCUCUGGUCGUGUUCCUAAAUUGAUUUGUUAUGUGUAAGGCCAGUCACAUUGUUAUGGAACUUUUUUGAAAUAAUUAUUGCCAUUUCAUUCUAAACAGAUGUUUUGAAUGUCAGUAUUUGGUUUUUUAUAGCUUAAUUUGAUUCACAAUGCGAUGUUAUUAUUGUGUCUCCACUAAUAUAAGUGCAUAAAAUGAAAAACUUUAUUUUGGACUGCACUACAAAUGAGUAAAAUGAAAGUCCAUCGGAUGAAGUCCAUAGUAAUGUGACUGGACUCAAAACUGAAGAACAUUGUCUAUGUUCAAUACUUUUGUGUUAAAACUUUUUUUUAAUAUUAUGAGAAAAAUUGUCUGUGUAUCAGCAAGUAGUGCUGAGAUAAAAUGAAAUUAAAAAACAGACAUUGCCAACAAUUAAAAACUGAAAUUAAAUAAUUUCCAGUUUAUUUAGUUCUUAAGUUAUCUCUCUUAUGAAAGGUCCGUAGGGCAAUAUUUUUUUACGCCCAACACCGGAUCUUGUUUUUUUUUUGUUUGUUGAAAGGAGAUUGUAAACUCAGGAUGUAUGAACAACUGUCAUUACAAACAUUUAAGGCUUGAUGAAACAAAUUACGAGUGAUGUUGUCUUAUAGCUACAAUGUUUUAUUAUAAUCGCUAUUGAUUGACCCGUGGGAAAUCGAUGAAACCGUUGUUAUGGUACUGUUCUCUUAAAUCAUAUUUUUGUUUGUUACAUUUUACCGAAAAUAACAUUUUGUAUUUCAUCAAGUUAACUCUAUAAAAAAGCUUUAUCUAUUAGUUUUUUAAAUGUCAAUAUAUUUGUUACGUUUUUGGUAUGGCAACACAGCUCAAUGUUGUUAUUAUCAUAGAAGAAAGUACUUACAAUAAAUUAUGUCUUACUUGGUGAUAUAUCAUCAUAUUUUUUAAAGAACGAUAUGUUUUACUAAAAAUUUGUAAUCAUGUCUUCUGAGAAAUUAAUUAGAUACCAGUUAACUUGAUGACAUAUACCAUAUCUAUCCUUUUUGUGUUGUGAUAAAACUAACUCAAGACUCUGAUGCUACGACUUUACAAUGGCUGGUUGUGCUAAUAACUUAUUAAUAUAUUUAUGUAUUUACAAUUUAAUGGAACAGUGCCAUCAAUCAGAGGCUAAUGUACAAAAUAUUCUUUAUGUAAAUGUGACCGGAAUGGUCUUGCCAUGUCUCAUUUGAUCUCUGCUUGUAGUCCUCAUCACGUCGCGGUCAUACUGACGUGGUGUACCCUUUUAGCAGUUAAAAAAAUUAUAAAAAAACAGCUUUUCAGUAAAUUUACCUUUUAUAAAUUAAUACGAUCUACAAAUCCACUCCGUUCUCGUUUAAUAUAUUUGUAUCUUAAGAUAAGAAUGUUCUUUUUAACAGAAAUAAUGCUUUCGAUAAGCAAUAAUAGUUAAAUACUAUUUGUAGCUAGUUGAUAAUAUUCGAAUAAUGAACAAGCUCGAAUUUUCAAGUUAAAUGUUAUAAACGGAGUUAUUGAUAUAAUUGAUAAUAAUAUUUGAGUACUACGCAGUAAUGUAUUACAGAAAAUGAACAAUAUACUGCUAUUAUAUGGAGUGUACACGUAAUCCGUCAAGUUUACGAAGACAAGAGAUGGUAAUGGCGUGCCUGUCUUGCAACGAGCGUAUCACUUUUGCAACCUAGUCAUUCACUUAGACAAGUUUGGUCCGCGCAGAGUCGGGGCCUCGUGUGUGUAUUUCGUUUAGUAGUGCAUGCAAAUAAACUUGUUAAGUGUUCGUAGCGUCUAAGGAUUUAAAACGGAGGAGCAAGUCUUAAAUUCGAGAUUGGUAAAAAAUGUACCUGUUUUCAGUGGUUCUUUUGUUAAUUUUUGACUAUUUAUAAUACAUGAUUGUCCUAGCAUCUA